GUGGGGAACACGUUGAGGAGGGACAACUGUUAUAAAACUUUGGAGCCCGUAAGAUAUCCAUUUGUAUCUUCUUCUGUUUCUGGUAAGAAACACAAUAAUUUCUUCAGUUCUGAUACCGGUAAAAUUGUAUUCCUUGAAUCGUUAAAGAUGGCCAGCAAGGAAAAGGACCCCCAAGCCAUUGAAACGGCGAAGAAGCUAGCGAAUGUGCCAUGGUGUGAUGAUUACGAGAAGAUGAUAUCGGGCAACUUAUAUAAUUGCUUGGCUCCCGAGUUGGUGCAGGGCCGCUUCAAGGCACGUCGUUUUAUGCACAUGUACAACAAUCACUUUCCAGAUGAUGCUACACCCGAAUCGCUAGAGAAUGAUAGGUUCGAAAUGUUGAAGGGCAUCAUGGGUGGAGUGGGAGAGGGAAGUUUCAUUGAACCUCCUAUCAGCAUCGACUACGGGUGCAACAUCAUUCUGGGAGAGCGCUUCUACUCCAACUUUAAGUAGGUGCAUCUUUUUCACAACGCCGCAAAUCGAUACUUAUAUUCAUAGUUUGGUCAUCUUAGACUGUGGCCUCGUGAACAUAGGAAAUCGAGUGAUGUUUGGACCGAGUGUAUCUAUCUUCGCAGCGACUCACGAAACGGAGGUUCAGUCGCGCAGAGACUACAUCGAGUAUGCCAGACCUGUGGCUAUCGGCGACG